AUGAAGCUCCGUAAGCUAUACGGCUUGCUCAAAAAAACGUACUAUGAAAAGAGAAAGGAUUUUGUUCUUUACUUUUUCUUUUUGUUGAUUCCGUUUCUGCUAGUAUCGUUUCAUUUGUUCCUUAGGAAUAUCAGCGAAAAGUACUCCCUCGAGAUUUACAACAACUUUUCCGAAAAUGAUAAAAUAGAUUUGAACGACACCAUCAGGCAGUAUGUCCUGUUUUUGAGCAACGAGCUGUGCUCCAGAGAAAUCGGCGAUAACGUGUACGUGAACCACAUCUGCCUGACGCCGGACGAUGAGUUGUCUAGGUCCUUCCUCUCCUACGCCAACGAAAAUGACCUGAACAUAUUUAGAGUGUACAAAAGCGAGGAGGAGUGCCUACAGAAUUUAAAGUAUGCCAUUCAACUGAGGGAAAGCGAUUUGGCCAACUCGAGGAGGAAGCCUCUUGGGGAGAACCUAUCCCCGUUAGUGCACUCUUUUAAGAAUAACUUGAAACAGGGCAAGUCCAUAACUUUGGAGGAGCUGUACAGAGAUGUUCACCCAGAGGUAGAGUAUGACGUGCUGCUAAAGGUACAGUUAGAUGAGGAAACCCUGAGGGAGGUCAGGAAAACACACCUAUACAAGUCCUUCAUUAGGGACAUAAAAAAUUUGAAAGACGAAAGUAGUCACAAUGCCUUUUUCAAGGAUGAUAGGAAUAAAUUGUUUUUUUUUAAUUUCGUGAAAAAUAACUUGAUUGAGACAAACAAAGCGUGUGGUUUACUUGGUAUUGAAAAUGUAAGUCACCUGGGGGAACAGAACCGCCUGCGUUUUUCCUACAUUUUCGGGAAAAAGCCCAGCGGGCACACCGACAAGGGGACCAACGAGGCGAACAACACGAAUCAUACCAGUAUAGAAAAGGAAAUUAACCAUAACGAGGUGGCUAAACCCACUAACCAAAUGAACCAUGUGGUCAGUCUGCAAAAUGAGAAAGACGUUGUUACAAAUGUGAGUUACAAAAUCCGAGUAGGGGACUACGCCUUGCUAACAUCUAGCGAGAAUUAUUUUUUUAACGACAUAAAUAUAAAUCUGAAGCAGAAUUUUGUGAACUUUAACACGGUAGAUGAUUUGUCACUAAACGUGUACUUCAACGAAUGGUACUACAGCAGCUUCUUCAUUGUGUUGGAGUACCACUUUAACUUGUUUAUGCUGAAGUAUAAUGCGCGGUUGGGGGGAAACACCUCACCACACACCACCCCAACCACUACAACCACCGCAACCACGGGGGGAGGAGACAGUAGCCCAUCCAGUACCUCGCUCCACCUGAACGACUUCUUCCUGCUCCACAUGCCCAUGAAGAGUAUGAAGAUAAAUGCCUUCGACACGAUUGAGAAAAAUAUUUUCCGCAUGGUGAUGUUUUUGUGUGUCUGUCUUUUCAUUGUAAAUAUCUGCUUCGAUAUCAACAAAGAGAGGAAGAUCAACAUGGAAAACUUCCUCUUCUGCUUGAAGAUAAGUAAGUAUUACUACUACUUUUCCUGGCUGCUCUUCUACUUCAUCGUGUUGUUUUUUUACAACACUCUUUUUACCUACGUCAUAUAUCUAUACGUCUACAAAAAAAUGGUGAAUUUUUUCAUUCUAUUUUUGUACAUGUAUAUGUUUAUAGUGAAUAGCUUACUUUUUACCGUCAUUUGCAUGCACUUUUCCGACAAUAAUGCGAUAAAUUACAUUGCAUCCUUUUUAAUAUUUUUCUUAUUUUCAUCCUUCCGUUUGAUCAUUCAUUCUGGGGUUGGAGAUGUGUUAUCCUUCUUCGUGUUAAUAAUCCCACAUGCAUCUUUCUGUUUGGCGUUAGAUUUUAUUUUUAUUUUAGUUAAGAAUGAUAUUCAAAUUAGUUACCCCGAGAUGUUUAUUAAAUUUGAGAAUAUUUGUUUAAUGCACCUUUUGCUUUACUCUGUUUUUUCCUUCAUCCUUUUGACGUGCAUUUUGAUCUACAUGAUACAUUACCGGAACCGGCGCCAGGGCAAGCUCUACCUCAGGAGGGGAAGUGCCCACCAAGUCGGGGCAAGUGGACAAAUCAGGUGCAGUGAAGGGGACUCCUUCAUGCUGGAGUUGACCGAAAGCCACUCCAAGCAGAACAAGCACAACCAACAGAAGCAGCAUCACCACCAGCAGAGUGAAUCGAGUCAGCCACUCCAACCAAUUCAGAAGAAGCUGAAGAGGAGGGCGUCAAUCCGCACCGCGAGGGUCACCCAAUUCGGGCGACACCACCCCGUGACGCAGGGCGACCGCCCCGCCGACUGUUACCUGGUUAUCAAAAAUGUGAACAAGACAUACGGCAGAAAGCAUGUGCUCAAGGACGUUUCCCUCACCCUGCGUAGUAACCGAAUAUUCGUCCUGCUAGGGGAGAACGGAUCGGGCAAGUCCACCCUCAUUAACAUCAUAACGGAAAUGAUCACAGAAGACGGGGGGGAAAUCCACUUCGUCAGGAGGGGUCGAAGCGGCUCUGGCAUUACCGGACAGAGACGCAACAGAGAUCCUUCCCCCUUGCAAAAACUGAUCAGAAGAAGCGCCCAUAAAAGAAGUCACGAAAUGGAAAUCAGCUACUGCAGCCAAAACGUAAUCCUCUACGAUAACCUCACCUUCUACGAGACCAUCGUUAUAUUCCUCCUCUACUACAAUAAGGAUGUAGAAAAAUAUUUGAAGAAAAAAAGGACCCGAAAAAUUAUGAACGACCUAGACUUAGAACAAUAUCUAAACCAUAAGAUUAAAAACCUGAUUGAUGAUGUGAAGAAAAAAAUCUCCAUCUUCAUUUGCUUCCUCGUUAAAAGGGACGUGUACAUUUUGGACGAGCCAUUCAUCGCAUUGGACAUUAAGACGAAGACGAAGCUUUUUAAGUUUUUUGAGAAAAUAAAAAAAAAUAACAUCAUUUUUAUUUGUACACAUGAUAUUUACGAGGCCAACAAUUUUGCUAACGAUAUUGCGGUUAUUAAAAGUGGGGAAAUUAUCUUUAACGGGACGAAGAGGCAGUUCCAAAAGCUUAUCGAUUAUAAGUUCGUUUUGAAUGUUCGCUUUAGCGAUGACGGGGGGGUGCACCAACUCAACAAUGGAGACAACCCAAGUGAUAACCGCCCCAACGGGGGUAACCUGUUCGACUUCCUGACCGACCCAACUGCGUCGACUUACACCCCAGAGACGAUCAAGCAAAAUAUAAUCCACUUUGUAAAAAGCGUGAGAGAAGAAAACAAAACGUGUUUCAUCUUUUUCAACUCGAGUCAUAUAUACUGCACAUACAAGAUAGGCGAAACGGAGUCACUGAAGAAGCUGCUUUACGUGUUAAAACGGUUCAGACAUAUCCUCACCUACGAACUAAAGACCAUAGACAUUUACUACACGUAUAUUUAUAUUUACACGUAUUAUGAGAAGAGGAGUCUUUUGAAAAACGUCCAAGAUAGAGACCUCCGAAACUUAAUCAAGAUGGAUCCUCUGUUUUAUCUUUUUUUCGAUAACGUCAGAUAUUUUAAUGAGUUGAAUAGGAAGGUAGCCCAAAUCGGCAUUUUGGAUAAACCUCCUGUGGGGGGUGGAUCGGCUACCCCUGAUUUAGGCUACCUGAGGGAUAUCCUCGUUAAGGGAAAACGUGACAAAGGUGCAAAUGUGACGGAACAGGUGGAAAAACCUAACUACGCUGCGGGUAAGAAAACACCCAAUCUGGUUAGCCGCCUGGUUAACUUCCUCUGCACGUACGUCAAACCGACCCUCUUCCUGAAGAUAAAGAAGGACCUCUGCAACACCAGCUUCUACUGGUACAAAUUUUUGGUGCCAAUUUUUCUCCUUUCCUUCGGCUUGCUAAUAAUAAAGUGUGUUUCCCUCUUUGGCAAAAUAGAAAAGGUAGAGUUGGAUUAUUCUACCAUUUCGUCGAACCAUUUGAAGACAAGCACACUCAACUACCACAUUAUUUACACCUCGGAGAUGGGUCCUGACGCGGGACAACAAAGCAGCACAGAUAGGCAGUCUACCUCCCCACAGAUGCAUGUCACCUCCAAGUGGGCAAAUUACUGGCAGGGAAGAAAGUGGAAAAAUAAGAAGUUCAAUCCGGUGAUGCAGAUGAAGAAUGCAUUCCCUAAACCAAAUAAAACCAAUAGUGACAACCAAGUCCACUUAUCGACAAACUCCUUCAACUACUACAACAGCACGAUAAACGCGCUGCUCCAGAAAUACUGCAUAAACGAGAAGAUUAACUACAUCGGUGAACAGAUAAGUGAAGACAACCUGUAUGAACGUGUUAAUAAUUACCUGGAGAAGAGAUCAACUAAGCACAAGGAUAUUUCUCUGGGUACUUAUAUAUUUCAGAUAAAUGAGAAGCUAACCCAUCAUGAGGAUAUGGAUUACAGCACAGAUGUGGAAGUCAAGGUGAACCUCUUCUGCAACUACACGUCUAUACACUCGUAUGCAUAUUACACCAAUUCGGCGUUCAACGUUUUGGCAGAAUUUCAGAGCGAAAUGCAACAGCAGUCCGGUGGGGCAAAGCGCAACACGGUUGGCAGUUCAUCCAAAUGGGAGGACGCAUACAACACGCCACCACCACCGAAGAACAGAAUCGAUGUGAUUAAUGAGCCAUUUCCGAUAAAGUUCCACGAGUACUUCCUGCGCGACUUCUACAUCAACAUGUAUGUCUUCCUCUCCAUCGUCAUCUUCUUCUGUGUCUUCUUUGAAAAAUUGCGCAACGAAAUAGACUACAGAAAAAUAUUCGAAAAUUUCUACGUGCAUAAAUAUGUGCAUUAUUUACAGAUCCUCCUUCUAGAGUAUAUGUACUAUUUAAUUUAUAUCCUCCUGCUCUUUUUCAUUCUUUACCUGUUUCAGUACCGUGAGUUUGUUCUUCCAUCUUUUUUCCUAUUCCUGAUGUUGUAUGGGUUCAACACGUUCCUGUCCAUCUCUCUCUUCUCCUCCCUCUACAUGCACAGUUAUAUCCUCUUUGUAUUUGUGAAUUUCAUCUUCUGUGGAAUAAUUAGCAUUGUCAUUUAUGUGUUGGUUAUCCUCUCCUAUGCUUACAACAACCAAGUGCUGAUGAAUCUGUCUCAUAUCUUCGUUUGCAUUUUUCGUAUUCUUGAUUCUUUUUCUCUUUCCCAUGUGCUCAAUAUUAGAAGUUUGUGCUUAAAUAUGAAGAGGCACAUGCAGCAGAUUGACGAUGAGCUAAUUAGGGACACCUCCAGAAGCUACUUCAACGAGCAGAUACGUCCAGGACACCUAUUCGGAAACAAUCGAGAUAGUUUACACUCACCUGGGGGGGAAGAACCAUUCAGUGGAUUGGGGUCAUCCGAGGCGCUGAAAGGCUUCUGCAGUGAUUCCAACUCGUUUUUUAACACCACGGGGGAUUUCCUCUUCCUCAUCGUCAACUGUGCCCUCUACCUGAUGCUGCUCUUUUACAAGCUGUACAACCUGAACCGGCAAACGCGCAACGAAGCGGGCAGCCAGACUGGAACAGAAUCUACAAAUGAAUUGCAAAAUGGAGACCAAAUUGAGCAGCCAACUAACCUACACAGCAGCAGUACCGACAGUCAAUCGAGUGACAGCUCCCAGCAGAAAUAUGCAUUCGCAGUGAGACACUUCUACCUUACCAACAGUGAAUACAAGCGGGACGAACGCACAGAGAAGAAGGGCCUCCUCCAUCUCCUCUCAUUCGCAAGUAGGUUACUUAAAUGGCCCCAAAGAACGAUCGUCACAGAUACGUACAGAAAAUUCAACGAAGAAAUAACCGACUCGAACAGCAAAGCGAUUUUCGCAAUUCCUGAUGAGAAAUGGAAAGGGAAAGAAGCAUCAACGGGGGAGGGAUCAUCCGAUGGGGGAAGCAACCACAGGGGUAGCAGCUCAGAGGGUAACAACGAAACCGGGCAGCACCCCCAAGGAGGCCUUCACGAAGACCAAAAGUACAUCCUCAAAGACAUCAACGUUAAAAUGAAGCCCUACAAGAUAUACACCUUUUCCUCUAUAUUUAACAACGACCUGAAUGUGCUGUACUUUUUCAAGUUCUUUUUCGCCAAUGGGCAAACUACACGUGGCCUCAAGAGUGACCCCUCAGAUGGACAGCGAAACGCCACCACGCAAGCAACGCAAGUGACGCAAACUGUGCAGAUGACCCAGACGGAAGACGAAAGCGACUACAAAAUUGUCCUCAUCCCAAACAUGACAAUAUAUGAACAUGUGAAAAUUAUUUUGACUUACAAGAAUAUUUCUCUAAGCAGCGCAGAGCUUAUGUAUGUUAUUAACCUGCUAAUGCUGACGGUAAACCUGCGCUGCGACGUACACAUAAAUUGCAACCAACUCAGUGGGGGAAUGAGGAAGAAGGUGGAGCUAAUCAUUAACCUGCUUCGGGACGAUCGAAUUAUUUUCCUCUACAAGCUAAACGACAACAUAGACUUUUGCUCGCAAAUUUAUAUAAACCUUAUCUUGAAAAAUGUACUGUUGGUGAAUGAGCAGGGAGAUCGCACAGGGGAGGACAACAAUAAGGUAGACUACCUACUCGGGGGAGAGACAUCCCAAUGGAUCACUCCCUAUUCUAGACGAAGAAACAGCAAUGUGAAUGACCAACUUGGACUAGCCUCCACACGAGAUAAGGAACAAACGGAGGAGUGCCCCAUAUCUUCCAACAUCCAAAGCGUUAACGAAGGAAUAAUCAACGCAUUCAUAAAGGACAAUAUAUUAAAAAUAAAGUUUGCCCCGAGAAACUUUGCAAUUUACACACAUAUAUACACCGACAUUUUCUACUAUGACUACCUAUACCUUUUUAAUCGGAACGAAAUUACGUAUGAAAACUUUACAGAGAACAUGAUGAGGAGCUUCCAGGAUCACUACUCCUUCCAGGUGAAGCUGAAGGGGAUUGACCACGCCAAGAUAAAUGAAUACAUAAAGUUUUUUUUCUGUACGAAUAAGCGUGCGUGCGUUAGGUUUUGCAAAGUGAUGAAAGCACUUGCGGAGCGUGGAAGAAACCGUACCAACAGUCGUAUUAGCAAUCGUAUUAGCAACCGUACCAGCAACCGUAGCAAUAACCAUAGUAGCGACACGGACGACGCCAUCUCCUUCGUCGAGCAAAACGCCAAAAGAAACGCACUCAGCCUGUACAACCUCUUCCGCAUUUUCAAAACAGUCAAGAUGGGAAAAGACAACCUCCUACCCCACCGCCCCAAAAAAAAAAAAAAAAAAAAUAACUUACUCAUCCUGUCCAAGUUUCACAAAGUCCUGCUUAACCUUAUAAUAGACAAGUCCUCCUAUGUCAACCUUUACCUGAACAGAAAUAAAUACAUCUCCCUUUUUCUCCUUUUUAAAUUUGCCAUUUAUGAGCUAGCCUACCAGAAUAUACAACACUUCGUGCAGAGAUGUAAGUCAGUGAAGAGGAUCUACUCCGAGAUGACUAUGUCCAAUCAGUGCCUCUUCAUUUUGAAGAUCCCCGACAACAAGCACUUUUUCAAGUUGCUGGGUAGGUUUCAGAAGGAGUGCACCGUAGAGCUAUUGCGUUGCUACUUUUUUCUUCGCGUCGAUCAAGUGUGUGGCCAUUUUGGAGGCGCCACAUCCCUCAUACGUAUGACAUUUAUUUACACAUAUUCAUAUUUUCUCAUUUUUGUGUUUCCCCCCACCCGCAGAAAUCAACCAACGGAUCAAAUUCGACGAUAA